AUGGGCAUCAGCAUGAGACCCAGGAAAAAUCCAGAAGAUCUUCAAGCUAUACAAUAUUUAGAAAAAACAUCUGUACUUAAAAAUGGAAGAUGGCAUGUCGGUUUACCCUGGAAAGAUAAUAACUGUGGCUUCGAGAUAAGAAACAUAACGAGUAACAACGAAGCGGUAUUAAACUGCAUUCCACGAGAGACCUUAGGAACGACUGCAGUAAGGUUCAAAAUUGAACAGCCAAAUGAGGGCGAACGUACACUUGGAUUGAUUUGGUAUCCGAAAGAAGAUCUGUUGUCUUUUGACGUUUCUUUUAAGAAGAUUCCUGUAGAUAUAAUAACAGGCGACACGCGACCUAGCAAGAGACAGAUGCUUAAAGUUUUAAUGUCAAUUUUCGAUAUAUUUGGAUUUCUUUCGCCUUUUACAAUCAAAGGAAAAAUUAUGUUACAAGACGUAUGGAGAUUACAAUUAGAUUGGGAUGAAAAAAUACCUGAUACUAUUUAUGAAAAAUGGAUUGAAUGGCUACAAUUAUUAAAAGAAAUUAAUCAGCUGCGUAUCCCAAGGCAUUAUGUAACGGCCGCAAGAGUAAACGAGACGGAACUACGCUGCACUUCCGAUGCGAUUACGCAUACGUCACCCGAGCGGCCGCCGUUGCCAGUGUCUUGUAUUAGCGAAUCUCUCGCGUGCGCGUCUAACGGGCAGAUAACU